AUGCAGAACGCCCCCCUUUUGGACAAAUUCCACCGCAUGUUCUUGUAUCGAAUUAUGGGCUCGCCCCGACGAAGUCGAAGCAAGAUGGGUCGCGCUCGCAAGGUCAUCCAUGAUUUGAUCGUGCAUACACGAGGACUGGUGCGCAACAGAGGCAUCGAAGACCCUGGCUGGCUGGAAUGCGUCAACCGGUACCCGCCUCCCCCCAUGCCGCGCGUGGACCGUGACAAGAUCCCGACCAUCAGCUUCCCGCAGGAUCGACUGGCCGAGCUGUACGCGGCCAAGAGCGGGUACGCCACGGAUGACGAAACCGCCUACGAGUUUGCCGACGAGCAACUGACGUUGAUCGAGAUGGGUAUCCCCGAGAAGGAAGCGUACGCGACGCUCGCGACCAAGUACCAAAAGGUUGAAGCCGAGCGGUUUUUGCAGAAUUUUUACCAGAUGCGCGGGCAACCGUUCAUCCCGAGCACCAAGCCCGAAGAAAUGGCCAAGCGAUGGGAAGAAGACGAGGCGGCGGCGAUCAAGGAAGGCAUGCGCAUGGAACUUCAAGACAAGCAAGAGCUCGAAUCCGACACGUGGAUGAUUCGCAAGUAGAUAGUCGACGAACGAUACUAACGUUAGCUCAACAAGAAAGGUACACAUGUCCACUAUCAA